GUCCCCCGCACAGAACUUUGCACAGGAAACUUUGUACUUGAGUUCCGUCCACAGCGACAGAGGAACAUAUCGCCAUAUCGACCGUGAGGGAAUCAGACUGUUCCAAAUUUAGCUAACAACUAAACGCGAUGGAACUUUUGGCUACAGUGCUGUUUCUCCUGGUUCCCACAGCGCUGGCACAGGGCCAGUGCAUGAACCUGUCCCCGCUGUGCGGCCAGAGUCCAGGCUGGCCCGACCCCGCCCUGUGUACCACCCACUACGUCAGCUCCAACUGUCAGGAGUUCUGCGGAGGGUGCUCCUGUGACACGGACCCGCGCGGGCCAUGCCAGAACGGCGGCACGAGAGGAGGGAACCCGGCCAAUUACGGAUCCUUCACCUGCGACUGUAACUGUCCCGCACCAUGGACGGGGGAUCUGUGUGAAGUCUGCACUGCGACUUGUUUCAACGGAGGCGUGGUGGAUCAGACGACAUGUUCCUGUCAGUGUGCUCCUGGUUACUAUGGCGACGACUGUUCAGAGACGUGUAAGAACCUGGACCCGAAGUGUGGUGCGAGCCCUGGAUGGCCUUUGACCUCCAUGUGCGCGGACUAUGUCCUUGACCUCUGCCCUGAGUUCUGUGGAGUUUGCAGUUGUGACGACGACCCCAGAGGUCCAUGUGUGAACGGCGGCAGUCGCGGCGGGAACCCCGCUCUAUACGGAGACGACACCUGCAACUGUAACUGUGUGGGCAACUGGGUCGGAGAGAGGUGUGAAAUUUGCGCUGUGGCCUGCGCCAACGGUGGGAUCCUGGACCCCGUGACCUGUACCUGCUCAUGCGGUGACGGCUGGGACGGCGAAUUCUGUCACAUGCCGUGUAUCGACUCCAACCCGCUGUGUGGCGCCAACCCGGGGUGGCCGGACGCCAGCAUGUGCAGCACGGACUACGUCAUGGAGGGCUGCCACGCCAUGUGCGGGGUCUGCACCCUUGCAGAAGAAUGUACUGACGCGGACUCCGGAGUGACCUACCAGAAGGGGCAGCAGUGGGCGAAGCACGACGCCGCGAACCAGCACACCAUGCUGUGCACCUGCCUCGGGCGGGACAACUACGUCUGUGAGGAUGUUCCAGACUGGACGGGGCCGUGAGUCCCUGUCACAAUCGUCGCACGACAACAGCCUAGGUCACAUACUUCGUACGACAAGUUAACCACAGUAAACCAAAAAUAUAUCUAAUCCUCAUCACGGUUGAGGAUAAGUACAAAUGUUUGUGACGGAGAAGGUUGCCGUGGAACGGUCUGUUCUGUCACAUGUAGCCUAGCUAACAAAAUGUCGCACGACACAAAAGAAUCGUACAGCGUAUGGGCCUAGCGAGCUCUCUGCACAAUAUUUGAUUUUGCACAUUAGAUAAUAUGGAAUAAAUCAGCCAAGAACCAUUGA